AUGUUUGGCAAGGCGGCGGCGCUGGCCACGGCGGCAGCAGCAGCCUCGGCGGCGGCAGGCAGGGGGAGGAAGGCCACCGCCCCCUCGGGGCCGGCCCAGGCGACCCCCUCGCGCCUGGAUGGGCCCCGGGGCUGCGGCGCCAUGGAGCCCGCGCUGAGUUGCAAGAGGAGCCCCAGCCUGCGCUUGGCCGACCUGGCCGCAUUGCAUGGCGUCGGCGUCGGAGGAGGCAGCAGCGCCACCAGCGGUGGCGGCUUCCAGCCCUUGCACCCGGGGGACCUGGGCUCCUCGGACCCGGCUGCCGCGGCUCCCUUCGGGCCGGAGCACGUGGCGUCGGGGGCGCUCAAGUUGAGCCCGGCCGGCGCCGAGGCCGCCUUCGCCUCGUCGUCGCAGGCGGGCGCCAACGGCGCGGCCGGCAGCCCCUCGUACGCGGCGCCGCGGCGGGCCGAGCGGCCUCUGCAGCAACACCCGGCCAGCUCGCCCAUGUUCAUCUCGUCGGCGGGCACCUACGGCGCCGGCGGCGAGCAGCCUCACGCCGCCGCCUUCCCGGGGCUGCACGACCACCCGGCGGGCCCGUCCGGAGGCCACCACCCGCUCAACGGGCAGAUGCGGCUGGGGCUGGCCGUGGCUGCGGCUGCCGCGGCGGCUGCCGAGUUCUACGGGCGCGUGGAGCCCUUCCGCCCUUCGUCCGUGGCGGCCGCCGCCGCCUCCGAAGCGUCCUACGGCGCCGCGCCGCAAGGCUACCCGGUCAACUUGGCGGCGGCCGUCCUGCAACAGGCGCCAGCGCCUCCCGCACAUGCGCACCACGCGCCUCCCCACCAUCACCACCCGGCGGGCGCCUCCUCCGCCGCAGCCUUCCUGCGCUACAUGCGGCAGCCCAUCAAGCAAGAGCUGAUCUGCAAGUGGAUCGAGGCCGAGGCGGCCGCGCCGCCCUGCUCGCAGACCUACAGCACCAUGCACGAGCUGGUCAAUCACGUCACGGUGGAGCACGUCGGCGGGCCCGAGCAGAGCAGCCACGUGUGCUUCUGGGAGGAGUGUCCCCGCGAAGGGAAGCCCUUCAAGGCCAAGUACAAGCUCAUCAACCACAUCCGCGUGCACACUGGCGAGAAGCCCUUCCCGUGCCCCUUCCCCGGCUGCGGGAAGGUCUUCGCGCGCUCCGAGAACCUCAAGAUCCACAAAAGGACGCACACAGGUGGGUGGCACGACAGGAGCGCGCGCCUUUCUCUGGCCGCGUCUCCGGCUUCUUUUCUCUACCCCCUCCUCCCUCCUUCCUCUAUCUCCUACGUACCCUCAGACGUGUGACGUUUGUCAUGAAUAAGUAAUUUCACCAGCUCUUUGGGGCUGCAGCGGGAGAGUGAGUCUUCCUUGAUAUGUCUGCGUUGUCUGUGUAUGCGUGGUUUGGGAAUGGCUCGCGGGUCUUAUGCGUUGUACCCGCUGCGGUUUUGGUGAGAGCGAGGAAGGCUUCCCGGCGCCACAGAAUUCCUCAGCAGGCAAACUAAGAGCGCUGUGGAUAGCUAGGAGCUCCCACGAAAGUGGGAAGAACGGAGGAGUCCCACGAAGGCCUGCGGUGUGCCCAGCAGGAGUGCCAGUUUGGCCCCGCGACCGUGGGUGCCCGGGGCUGUGGGUGCUAUGCAGCGUACAUGGUCCUGGCGACGAAAUUUGUGGGUGCCAGGCCAGGUCCCUUCAUGGUGAAUUUUGUGGGUCCUCGGGCACCAGGGGCCCAGGGAGCCGGCACCUAUGGUGUCCAGUACUCCUCUUAGAUAGUGGAAAGAAAGGGCAAACCCCAAACUUUAUUCUGGUCAAUUCACUUUUCAAAAAGUUUCUCCUAUGCUUUUAUUUGUUUGGGUUUUGUUUUCUUUUUUAUAUAUGAAGGAGAGAGUCAGGGGAUUUGAUCAUGUUGCCUCUCAAGAGGGGGUACUUUUCAAAUGAGACCACCAAUAUUUUACUUUCCCUGGGGGGAGUUUUUCUCCCUUAGUUGUUUUCGGGGAAGUGAUAGGCAAGGGCUUUUAAAAGAUAUGUUGUUGGUUUAAAGGUGUGUUUCGAUGGAGGGAGCGCUGCUAUAGCGAUUCGGAAUAGUGCUUUUGAGAACAAAUGGGAAGGGAAGGCGACGCGGAUGUGCCUUUGUGCGUGUCUCCGCCAGACUAGCUAUUUCAAUGAAGUUCCGUUUAUGGCGCUGUAUCUUUUACAGCUUGGUUUUGAUUUGCCCCUGGCCUUUUGGCUUCACUUAAAAGGCGGUUGGGAUUUAUAGUUGCGUGUAGACAGAUAUUAUCCACCGGAGGCUGCUUAUAGGGAAGGGGGGGCAAAGGCCGGAGUGGGCUCCACCUAAUUGUUUUCAUGAUUUAUUGUGUGUUGUUGCAAAAAAAAAAAAAAAAAGGAAAGGGGGGUGGCGAGGCGGACAAGGUGCAACGCGCUGUUCAAACUCCCAUGCAAAUAGCCCCUGGCGGCAAAAGCUAUCGAUUUUUAGAUGGUGAAUUCGCAGGGUUGAGCCCAUCUGUGCGAGCCCUGAGCACCCCCCUCCCACGCAGCCCCAUGGAGCGGGGAGUGGGGGGGGUGGAUCUGUCCUGCAAGCGAAGAGGAGCGCGGUGCUUUUAGGCCUUGGAGGCCGAGUCUGCUCCGGAAGGGCCUUACUGGGAGUUUUGCAGACUCUCCUAAAGAAGAUGCUUGCAACUUGCAAGGGCUGGUUUCUGUGCAGUAAUUGUAGGGCUCUCGCCCGGGGAAAACCCUGCUGGUGCUCUGGGAGGAGGGGCAGGAAGAAAGCCUCGCAAGGGCUUUCCUGCUCGUCCUUCCAUUCACACAGCUCCUUUUCCAGCUGGAGAACUCCGAUGUUCGGCUCAUCUCGCCCUCGCCCGCUUGAGGCUGCCCACACAGUGCCCUUGCUAUUGCCGCUGGGAAGAAGAUCCGAGUCUGGUUCCUUCGGGCCGAGGCUCUUGCAGGUGGGGGAAUAGCUGGAGCCCCGCCGCUCCUCCUGACCGGUGCUCGUCGGUCGGGUAGGGUUGGGUGGGGAUCUGAAGCCGGCCCGAUCCCCACCGCCUGUUGCAGACAAAAGACCCACGACUGAAGAUCCGGAGGGGCCGAGGAGCGCCGCAGAAAGCUGCUCGGUGUUUUUUCUGCAACAGUGUUGCAGGGGCACACGGUUGCAAAACGCUUCUGCACGGUUUGCAAGAUCCGGUGCUGGCAGGGAACUCUUUCCACGGCCACGUGCUGGCACGGAAGCCCUGGCCAGGGAGCUCGAGUUGACUGUAGCAUAAGCAGCUCUAUUGCCCGUUAACAGCUCCACUUUCUCCUCUUGCGGGCGAGGGCAAAACGACUCCCCGGAAGCCGAGGAGAGCGGCUUCAGGCGCCCUUUCCCCUUCUCUCCAGGAGGUUCCUCCUGCCCAACCGAGGGGUCCCUGAUUCCCAGGCCAGGGAGUCAAAAUGCUCCGCCUCCCGCUUCAUUUGGCGCAGCCAAACGGAAGUUUAAGAUUGUCCGAAGCAACCUCGGCAUUUCUGUGCGUAAUUUUGCAAUCUCGCGCCCUUCUUGGUUUCUUCUCGCUCUCCUACAGGCUUCUCCCCUAAGACCAGAAUAGGUUCGUGUUAACGUAAGAAAUUUGAGUUUCAAGAUCAAGGAUCGUAUGUUUGGGUUUAAGCAGCAAAUGAGUUUUCCUCUUCCCCCCUUUUUUUUGUUCUGUUUGGUUGAGAACGAGUUGAGCUCCCAAUGGUGGUGGGGGGAAAUCGCCCUGCGCUUGGCUUUCGUGUGGUUGGUUUUGUUUUUAAAGAUAGCCGGCGGCUUGUCUCUUGAUCGAUGCCGCAAGUUGUUGCCUCCCUGAGCCCUGAACCGCUUGCGCGGUUUGUGGAAACGGGCCGCCGACCUCGCUUCGAAUUAGUAGGCGGUGAAGUUUCCUUUCUCGGCGCGCAAAAGGGAGCGAGCAGUCUUUUCCUCAGCGAGAACCGUUGCUUUUCGACUGCGCAUCUCUCGGCUUAAAACCGAGAUAAUCUGCAAAUGGUUAAACUCUGACGUGAACCUUUCGUCAGAGACAAGACCAAAAUAAACAUCAGGAUGGCAUGGGCAUCUCGCUUCGGGAUGUAUGAGCAUAGCAACCAGGGCAUCCCUUGAAAGUCGGUCCUCUUCCCAAAACCUAGUGCUGCUGGCCUUAAUUAAAUAUAUAUAUUAAAAAAUAGAGUCGACCGAAGUUAAAAGCAGGCAAAUCUGAUUAGCGAUUGCUGAAACAGGUUCUAGACAGACAAACGCACAUGCAAACCCAAUUAUGCCAUAUUUUGAAGAGCGAGAAAUAAGACACAUUUUCUGGCUUCUACAUUUAACUAUGGACACCUAUGGCCACUAUCAUUUUUAAAAAGAGAAUGUGUCCUGGAAAAAAAGGACAUAUAGUAACCCUAAAAUGCUUUCCUUAAAUAAAUAGCAAAACACCAACCUUCUGUCUCAGGAUAUUUCAGCUGAAAGGACAACACUAGGCUAUGUUGACCAGAAUGAUCCGAAACACAGUUACUUGGAAGUAACUGAGCUCAGUGGCCUUACUUGCUGCCAAGUGAAUAGGCUUGGCACUGAGGUUUGGAUCUUUUACCUUUUUCAUGUAGAAUCUUUAUCCCAUUUUAUAGCAACGACAUUUCGUUGGAAAUACUUUUGAGACUUCUGAAAGGCUGUAUAAUUUCUGUUCAAUUGCCACAUAUCACCAGGAGACGUUUUCUGGUUGAAAUAAUGCAUUUGUGAUUGAAGUAGAAUUGGUAAGUUGGGAUCUGCCUGUAUUUACACAGGAAAAGGAAUGCCAUAAAUUAAACCUUCUGCCUUUCCCAAAAAGGAGCAGAUAGAUGCUGUUUUCACCAGUAAAACAACAAAGGUCGCAAUCCUACUUGUGCUUAACCUGGAAGCCAAGUGGAACUAUGUAGUAUUUCUGAGUAAACAUGCUCAAGAUUGAGUUGGAUGAAAAUACUGAAUUACCUUGUUGACUAGGAAACGCGUAUUAAUAUUGGGGUGCAAUCCUGAUGUCUUAUUUGGGUGUCUAUAAAUAAAAUUCACAUUUUAGCAUAUUUUUGCCUCCAUGUAUGGAUGGGAUUAAUUUUUUUAAAAAAUCCCUUUUUGAAAUAAAGUAACGCUAAACCCAUGUCCACUUGUGGCAGCAGAAAUUAUUCCUGCCUUUUUGCUUCCAGAACCUUGGAAAAUAAUUGUAGAAUUGCAUUAUACCUUGGAGCCAGUGACAUGCCAGAAGUAAAGGCCCUGAGGGUGGCUUUCACAAUCACCCUCAAGAUGCACAUUAAACCUAUUUAAACAGAUUCACCAUCUUAUUUCGAAGCAUAAACUAGUCCUAGGUAAAGAGAUCUUGGCCAGCUCACUGCUCAUGGAGUGGGUAGCUUUCUCAAUAAUGAGCAAGCUGUAAAAAGCUAAGAAUGUCAGAGAAGGGAGGGGAAGAGAGGGUGCCCCUCUUUGAGAGCCUGAUCUGUUGACAAUGGUUUAAAAAAAGGAAAAGAGGGAGAGCAAUGUGUUUAAACAGGUGCUACUUUUAUUUUAGAAAAAGGAGAAUCUCUUCUUGCAAACCACAAGGGAAGGGAUUAGGACAAUAUGGGUUUGUCUGGAGAUAAAGCCAUAUCCGUGUAUGGACAUGUAAGCCCCUACUUUAAUCCAUCAUUUAAAUUUUUCAUUUGCAAGAGAAAUAUGGGCAUGGAAUAAGGAGAGACAUUCCCAUUGUCCUGGAUAUGUUUAUCUGAAUGUCAUGAUCACAGUUUAGAAAAUAUUCUUUAACAUUGUGGACUACAUUUUGGAGCAAAUGUAAACCUGCUCACUCUCUCUGUGUAAUAAUAAUAAUAAUGAUUGAAAAGUUAAGCUAUUGGAGGGAUGGUAAAGACUGGAGUCAAUUUUAUCUGCUGAGUCUUUGUUUUGCAAUCCUCUCUAGUCUCUGUCUCCCCUGUUCCUGUGUUUGGUUUGACAUGUAAAUUCAAAGUUUUGGGAUUUCUUUCUUUCCUUUCACAAAGAGGUCCAUUAUGGAUGUUUUUCUCUUUCAGGAGAGAAGCCUUUUAAAUGUGAAUUUGAUGGCUGCGACAGGAAGUUUGCCAAUAGCAGUGACAGAAAGAAACACUCUCAUGUCCACACCAGUGACAAGCCAUAUUUCUGCAAAGUCAGAGGCUGUGACAAGUCUUACACACAUCCGAGCUCCUUGCGCAAGCACAUGAAGAUCCAUUGCAAAUCCCCGCCGCCUUCUCCUACCCCAGGAUCUCAUGGCUACCAACCCACGGGGACACCACUGGGUGCCCCUCUGUCCCCUCUCCAGGACUCUGGCAGGGGCCGCCCUGUCAACCUUUCUCCUCAGGUCACCAAUCUCAAUGAAUGGUAUGUGUGCCAGGCCACUGGGGCCCCGAACCACCUCCAUACGCCAUCCAGUAAUGCCACAUCUUCUGAGGAGGAAGAGAACGAGGAAGAAAUUUAUAGGAACUCUGAGACAAGAACUAUUCAUUAGAACUGGGAGGGAGGCAGAACUUUGAAGAUGGCACGAUCAUGCCAUCUUGGUUAAUUUGGGCUAUUUAUUCAGUAUUAUGAAACCCUAUGGUGUUUGUAACAUGUAACUAAUUUAAUUAAGACAUUGGACUUGUGUGUCUCUCUCUUUUUUAAUUAAAAAGAAUAAUCUUUUUUACAAAAGCAAACCACCAAGCCGGACUGUAACAGUAAUCCAUUGUGCAUAUUCCCUACCCUACCCUAUGUUUAUGGAAGACGUCAGAGGGAGUUCACCUUUGUGUUGCUUGAUCUUCAGUGUGUGCACUGCCAGGUUGACAAUUCGGUGUGAUAGUUUUCCCAAAAUAAAAGCAGGAGGAAUGUGGCUUAUGAAUGUAACUGGGAAGCUAAUGGGCUUUCUCUGUGCCAGGAGUGGAUUCCUUAAGCUUGUCCACCUAUUUUUGAAAAGGCACGUUCUUUCAUCUAGGCCUCUAUCCCACAGCCAUCACCUGUGAAACUGCCAACUGGUUUCUUGCAUCCAAGUACUGUAUAUGUACGUGUACGAUAAUGUAUAGGUACAGUUCACUGCCUCUGAAAUCUUAAGUCCUCAAAAUCUCAAAACGGAAUGCUGAAACGUAGACCUUGGGUUGCAGUUUGCAUCGCACUAAAACCAAUGUUGAAAUUCACCACCACAAGAUUCAAGGUGGCACCUUUAUAGAGCAGUGCUAAAUUUGCUUAUAUGGAAGAUCAGUCCAUUGUUUUAAAUGGAACUCGCUUCCAAGUAGAUAUGCUGGGUGGGUGGGAGGGAGAGCAGUCACAAUCCUAGUUGUGUAGGAUUUCACAAACGCUAUUGAGCAAGGGGGGUUGGGUUUUGUUUCAUUUUAUUUCUUUAGCCAUCUGAUCCUAAACAUGCUUACUCGGAAGAAAGUUGCACUGAAGGGGCUUACUUCCAAUAAGAAUACUUAAGAACAGUACUGUUAGGCAGUACCUUAUACACACUGGUGUGACUGUAAGUCCCAUUGAAUUCAAUAGGACUUACUUCUGAGUAGACCUCCAUAUGAUUGCACUGUUAAUGUCUCAAUUAUUUUAAUUUUCCUUUCCUUUUCUUUUUUUUAAUGUCUUUCUAAGCUCUAACCCUGAAAGGGGAGGGAAUUAAAUCAGUUGCUAUGAUUAUUGUUGUUUAACACAUUCAACGAAUUGUGCUCUAAAGACAUUUGUCCCACUGGUUUCAGUGUUACUCAUUAGUAUGUGUCUUAGCAGGACUGCUUAAUGGUUUUUCCUUGUCAUAGGAGUGUCGCUAAAUGAGAUCUAUCUUUAUAUGCGAUAUAGCAGAGGCCAUGAGUCUAAACACGCUUCCUUGCAAGCUAGUCACAUUGAAUCAGAGUAAAUUGGAUUUAUGAGUAAGCAUAUUUGGGAAUGAAGCCCAGCCUAUAGUGUUAGGUCAAAAGUGCUGUGAACUUCACAGCUGUUACUAUGUCAAAGUCUCCCUGUUGAAAGAGUUAUGAUGCUAAGAGUGGCACAUGACUUUCUGGAAGAUACUAUAUUUUACUGAUCCAGCUUAACACCCUUUCAUGCACAAAAGGUUUCAUAAAUUACUUCUAUCUCUAUUUUUUUCAGCAUCUGCGAUCCUGUUUCUUAUGCGGUGUGCCAUUGACCAAAGUGCACUGGGGAAAGCAAACUGACAUAAAUGUAAAAAUGGAGGGAGGGGGAUGCUGAGUAGAUUACCUUUGGCCUAGCUGCCAAGCUAUUAUAGAGUGAGGUCAUGGAAUGCUGACAAUUUCUGAUGCAGUUGGUACGACAUAUUUCACGUGUAAAAUGCUGGUUCAUCAUAAACACCCUACAGAUAAUCUAAAGAGCACUAAUUUAUCCUCUGAGACCACUGAAUAAGUAACCAGUCACCAACCCAUUACCAGGGCUUGUAGAAAUGUGUGGGGAUUUUUUUGUGUCUUGUGUGCUGUGAUACAUAGUCUUGUCAUUGUUAUAACUUGUAUGUGGAAGUGAUCUAUUUUGUACAGCGGAAUUAAUUUAUUUUUUUAUUUUUAGAUAUCAACUUCUUUCUUAUUUCUUUUUAAAGAGUACAGAGCACACCAAAGAAGAACAUUAUUAAUUUUGGUGAUAGGUUGUCUAUGAUUCUGUGGUUGUUUUUCUGGGGGCGGGGGAAAGUCCUUAUAUUUUUCAAGUUACUUGAAUGAACAAUGUAAUGUGAAAACAGGUCCUUCCUGCAUGUCUCCUGUGCAGUGUGUUGGUGAUUCAAUAUAGUUUAUAGAGAUAUUUGUUUCUUAGUACAGUGCAUGGUGCUGUCCAUCUGGAAGCCUUUAAAUGUCCUGAUCAUAUUGUUACAUGAACAGAAAAAGGACAUUCAUUUUAAUAUCUAUAUCUAUAAAUAUAUAAAUGAGAACUUGAAUACAAACCACUUCUUAAAAUUGUUUAUUUGAAUUGCAUUCCUUUUCUCCUUCAAAACCCAUUUGAAUAACAAGGAAAAACUAUCAUGAAGUAAGACAUGGACUUUUAAAGGAUAAUUUAUGUUUUGGUGAGCUUUUUUAGAAAAUUUCCUGAAUUAAAAAAAAUGUUUAAUUUAUACACUUUGUUCCCCUCCUACCAAAUAGAUUGCACUAUCCAUUACUACACCUUCAUGUUUUGUUUAAUGUGAAAUUAAUGCCUUCACGGAAAUACAUUUGCUGGGAAGUAAGUAUCUGGUUUCAAUAGACUUACUUCCAUGUAAAUGGGAUUUUCAUUUUGGGGUACCAGGAGCAACAUACUGUUUGUCUGCUGUGCCACUGCUUUUCCUCAUAUUUUUAAAACAUGCAAUACCUCCUUCAUAUCUGUAAACCUGGUCAUAAGAAAGC